AGUAGAGAGUGUUUAAAAUUUAUUAAGUUUCAGGUUUGGAAGUGAUAGUUUCGUGAUGUCGCUCUUGGUACCCGUUGCUGGGUUCUGCGACGUAAUUGAUAAUCCUAAGCUUUCCUUUCGCAUCGUAAAAACCAUAUCGCCCCUUGACGCUUCCAUCCCGCAGACGCUCCUCCAACCUGUAUUGUCGAUUUUUCCUAUAAUAGUAACAAUCCAUUGUUAUUUCGAUCAUAAUUACACCCAUUAGUUCACCACAAAUACUUGAAUUGAUAAUCGCCGCCAAGUAGAUGUCUCGAUUACGCAUAAUCAAUUUGCAUUUAUGGAUGUUGAUUUAAAAGUUCAUUUACAUUUCUAUUUCUAGAAAUUGCUUAGUCAAAACGUCUCAACGGAGGAUAUUUACCCGUGUCCAGUAUCGAAGCCGAAGAUAUACGUUCCUGGUCCCCGAUGAUUUCUUAUUUGAAAAUCUACUCGGCUUCCGUCCGAUGAUUGUUCCGUCGCUCUCUUGGAUAUCAUAGCGGGAUGAAGUAUCGAGGUAUUAUUGAGAUGUAGCGAUAUGGUUUCUUCGUUCACAUUACGAUUAUCGUGUAUUGGUAACAUGGUUGCGAGAAUAGAAAGUUCCAAGAGAAGCUGCAAAGAAAAGCACAAAGAAUUCAAGACAUCGACUUUGCGGUCAUAUAGUUACUCGACGGAAUCUGUCGUAUAAUACCAUUCGAUCGCUUUCACAUCUUCACGGUCCAUUGCUCUUCCUCUGAUCAAUAUUUCUAUCUAUCGCACGGUUCUCAUCGAGAUAAAAAAUAUGACAAUGACCGAAUAGUUAUUCUCUGUCGAAAGCGAACUUCUCGUAGUAAAAAUAAGAUAUGUACUUACGAUAAUUACGAACAGUACUCACAAAGCACUUGAUGUACAUCGUAUCUAACUCGGCGAACAGUUCCAGAUGAACUGAUCACUUUCAAGCAGAUUCAAGCUUGUGUGUUGUGUCUCCGCAAAACUCUCACUUUCUCCGUGAUUGAGUUUUUUCUGUCUCUCCCUCUCUGUUUCUUCCUUUUUAUUUCAACGAUUCGAUAUUGUUACCUUUAACAAAAAAACCCGCGACAAUAUGAUGGAGAAUACAAUCAGUAAUUAAAGGAAUUGCAUAAGCAAAGUAGUCGAGCGUGUUUCCGUUCAGAGACAUGGAACAAUAUCGUUGUUUUGUAACAACUAUUCAGCCGUCAACUUGUCUCGCCCGUGAUAUGAGCAUUUUUGGUGUGGUGAUUUAUAAGCGCGUGUGGAUAAAAAUGAAGAACGCUAUUCGGAAGGAAUCAAUCCACGCAAGAUGGCUAAGGUAAUUUCCAUUGUGCUGUGCUGCGUUUGCUUGCUGCUGCUAGAGUCUGCAAAUUCGUUGAGAUGUAAAACAGGCGUCCAGCAAGCGGACGAUCAAUUCCGCAAAGUUGUGCAGAUCUGCAAGAAACGACACAAUGGUAACAACGACGAUUCUUCGUCAGGUGAAGAUGACGAGGACGACUCGGAUUUAUUGAACAAAUUCUUCAUGAAAGGCGGUGACACCUCCCACACGCAAACUUCGAACCAACAGAAAGGUGGUAGCGAUGUACGUCAUCCCCUCAAUCAGACGAAUGGAAACUGGAGAAGUCCUCAACACCCUAAUCACGGUAAUAGUAAUAAUAAUAAUAAUAAUAAUCAUCGCGAUUUUGGAUAUCCUGAGGGAAACGCCAGAGGUGGUUCAGGCUUCGAUCAAAUGAACAGCAGCUUCGGAAACUCCAAUAAGGACCAAGAACGAACUUGCAUCAUCCAGUGUUUCUUCAACGAAUUGAACGCGGUGGAUCAGAGAGGAUUCCCCGCGCAGGAAUUGGUUAUUAAUCUGAUGACACACAACAUACAAAAUCCAGAGUUGCAAGAUUUUAUGGAGGAAGCAAUCAUAGAGUGUUUUCACUUCCUCAGUGCAGACAUGAGGCAGGACAAGUGUUAUUUCUCACAGAAUCUCUUGUCUUGUUUGGCCGACAAAGGAAAAGAAAGAUGCGAGGAUUGGAAUCAUUAAUAACACUAUGUGCAGACUCAUAAUCAAUUAGCUAAUUAUCUCCAUAGAAAAAGGACAAAGAAGAAAUUCUUGUAAAAAUGUGAUCUAAAAGAAUAUUAUAUGAAACUUAUAAAGCAUCUUUUUGAGC